AUGGACAUAGACACUUAUAGGUAUCGGGUACCUAAGCCCAAUUACCUCCCACACAUUGCAGAUGAGGACCGUGAUAAUUCUGUUGUGGAAGAGUUCACCAAUACGCCACUGGGUCUUGCGAGUGAGAUGGACAAUGCCAAAUUCUACAACAAAUGCAAACGCCUGGCCGAGGACUCUGGUAUCACCAAACCCAAAGGAUACAAUGUUUCCUUCCACUGCAAUCCGGACAUUGAGAAGCAUCACUUUGGUGUCACUCAUCCUAUGAAACCCUGGCGGUUGACUCUUUCCAAGAGUCUCAUCUACUCUUACGGCAUGUCCUUCGCCAUGGACAACUAUAUCUCCAGAGCUGCAACAUAUGAGGAGCUGGCGGAAUUUCACUCUUCCGAUUAUCUAGAUUUUCUUGGAACGGUGCUGCCUGAGCCGGUACCCAGGGAUCUGGAAAAUCAGGGAGUAGACCUCAAGUUUAAUCUGGGUGGUUCUGACUGUCCCCUCUUUGAUGGCCUUUUCAACUAUUGUUCACUGUCUGCCGGGGGAUCUCUUGAUGCUGCCAGAAAGAUCUGCUCCAAACAGUCCGAUAUUGCUAUCUCCUGGGGCGGCGGUCUUCAUCAUGCCAAGAGGUCUGAAGCCUCCGGUUUCUGCUACAUCAACGAUAUUGUGAUUGCUAUUCUUGAGCUCCUACGCCACUACCCUCGAGUUUUGUAUAUCGACAUUGACGUGCAUCACGGCGACGGAGUCGAGGAAGCAUUUUUCUCAACUGACAGAGUUAUGACGGUCUCAUUUCACAAGUACGAUCCCAAUAACUUCUUCCCUGGUACCGGGGCUCUCGAUGACAACGGUCCGCAAAGCGAGCAUAACCCAGGCUCGCACCAUGCUUUCAAUGUACCACUCAACGACGGCAUCACUGACGAACAAUAUGAUCACUUGUUUAACACAGUAAUCGGCAAAAUAGUGGAAAAGUUCAGACCUGGCGCCAUCGCUUUGCAGUGUGGUGCGGAUUCUUUGGCUGGCGAUCGGCUUGGUAGGUUCAAUCUGCAGGUCCAAGGCCAUGGAGCUUGCGUCAAAUUCUGCAAGGAGAUGGGAAUUCCCAUGAUCUUGUUUGGAGGUGGAGGAUAUACCCCGCGUAACGUGGCCAGGGCAUGGACUUACGAGACGAGUAUUGCUAUCAAUGCCCAAGACAAGAUCAGCACCAUUCUUCCGGAGCAUGCCCCUUGGCGCGAUCACUUCCGGCAGGACACCCUUUUCCCCACUCUAGAGCAGAUUCUCGGCGAACCCAGAGUGAAUAAGAACACUGCAAAACGUUUACAGGAAAUCGUUCAGCAUGUUACAGAACAACUUCGGUUUGUGGAGGCAGCACCAAGCGUCCAGUUACAAACAAUACCGCCUGAUCUUGGCGGUAUUAGAGACGAGGUCGAGGACCGGCUCAAGGAGGAGAACGACGAGAGGCGAGACGAGGUUCGCAGAGCACGAGAAGCUGCGGUAGGAACUGCCAUGCAACUUUAG